GAAUCACUUGUACGACUGUACUGGCCCAUGUAGGCUAUACAUAUCAAUGCAGAAAAAGCGCCUAUCGGCCUUUUCGUGAGUAGAAAGAAGCAGCAUCGUCCAAUCGGGUCAUUAUCGGUGGCAGAUCUCAUGUCAAUAUGGUUCCUGUAGCCCGCGAAUCGCGUGAUAGAUCACUUCAACCUUUCCCUCUACCGGUCUUAACAUCGGUGCCUUAUGCUGCGCAUGAUGAAGGCGCUGGCAUGCGGCGAACCAAUUCCUAUCUAGGACGAACCUUAGAGCUUGGAUGUCCUCAGCGGGACUCAAUCCGGAAUUUGCAAUAUCGAUCAUGUCGUCGUUGCACGUGUGUCGUGGGAUUGCUGCGCGAUCAACAGUCCGAUCACUGUUGCAUUGCAGCCAAACUCUGCCAUUGCCCGCGUUCCACUAGCGCCGUGUGGCAUGUGGCAUCGUGAACCUCUUCCCGCCCGCGCCGCCGCCAACACCGUGAGGCCGAGAUGUUUCGCCACCAGCACAAAUCACUCAACCGGAAAUCAAGGGCA